AUUUGAGUAUGGGUGUGUGGGUUUAUGUGUGUUUGUGGGGUGAGUGUUUAUAUGUUUAUAUGUGUUUGUGAGGUGCAUGUGUAUGUGUGUUUACGUGUGCACCGUGGGAAGGGAAGGACCUGUGCUCCAGAACGUGGGGCAUUUUCCCACCCUUCAGACAUUCUUCUCCCCACAGACCCCAUCCUGGAGCAGCCUGGUGGGUUCUCAGCGUCAAGAGAUGAGCCUCCUGGAGCAAGGAGAGAGCACUCCGUGGCCAUCACCCGCCAUGACCACCAGCUCAGAAAGAAGCCAUCGGAAGCGGGGGGCCAAGGCCUCAGGAUGGACAAGGCAGGAGGCUGUGGAGGAAGAGGACCUGCCAGGCCUGGGGGAAGGUCCCCAAUCCAGGCCAGCUGCUGAGUUCAUCGGGCUGGAGUCCACAUUCCCCAAGGCCACACCCUUGGCCCAGGCUGCUCCCUUGGACAUCCUCCCCUCUGAGUGCGCAGUCUCAGCCACUGGCUCCAGCAAAGAGUUCCCAGCCACAGUAGCUUGCAGGUCUGAGCUCAGCCUGGUGGAAGAGAGGCCUGCCCCAUGCCCAUCCCCGCAGGCCCCGUUACCCAAGCAGGGCUUGGACGAUGAACUGCAGAAGCCGGGAGCCCAGGUCUACAUGCACUUCAUGCAGAAGCACACCUGCUACGAUGCCAUGGCAACCAGCUCCAAGCUGGUCAUCUUCGACACCACGCUGCAGAUCAAGAAGGCCUUCUUCGCCCUGGUGGCCAACGGUGUCCGGGCUGCACCUCUAUGGGACAGCAAGAAGCAGAGCUUUGUGGGGAUGCUGACCAUCACAGACUUCAUCUUGGUGCUGCAUCGCUAUUACAGGUCCCCCCUGGUCCAGAUCUAUGAGAUUGAAGAGCAUAAGAUUGAGACCUGGAGGGAGAUCUACCUUCAAGGCUGCAUCAAGCCUCUGGUCUCCAUCUCUCCCAAUGACAGCCUAUUUGAAGCUGUCUACACCCUCAUCAAGAACCGGAUACACCGCCUGCCUGUCCUGGACCCGGUAUCAGGCGACGUGCUCCACAUCAUCACACACAAGCGGCUACUCAAGUUCCUGCACAUCUUUGGCGAUCUGCUGCCCCGGCCCCCAUUCCUCUACCGAACCAUCCAAGAUUUGGGCAUCGGUACAUUCCGAGACUUGGCUGUGGUGCUUGAGACGGCACCCAUCCUGACCGCACUGGACAUCUUUGUGGACCGGCCUGUGUCUGCACUGCCUGUGAUCAACGAAGAUGGUCAGGUCGUGGGCCUCUACUCCCGCUUCGAUGUGAUCCACCUGGCUGCCCAGCAUACCUACAACCACCUAGACAUGAGUGUGGGGGAAGCACUGAGGCAGAGGACGCUGUGUCUGGAGGGAGUCCUUUCCUGCCAGCCCAAAGAGAACUUGGGGGAAGUCAUCGACCGGAUUGUCCGGGAGCAGGUACACCGGUUGGUGCUAGUGGAUGAGAGCCAGCAUCUCCUGGGCGUGGUGUCCCUAUCCGACAUCCUUCAGGCACUGGUGCUCAGCCCUGCUGGCAUUGAGGCCCUCAGUGCCUGAGAAUAUGAGUCCUCAUUCCCAGACUGCCUUCCAAAGCGGAGCCAAUGAAGAGAGCCGGGCGUCGGCCUUCAUCUUCCCCCACCCCCAUUAGCUGGUUCGACUCUGGUUCAGGCUUCUCCAGCCCUCCCUAAAUGCCCUUGCCCUGACUAUUCUCCCAGAAGCCCUCGGGAAUGCCCAGUGCACUAUGGGAUGAUGACAUUAAGGAGAACAGCUGAGUCAAGCCUAGAGAUCCCUGAAUCAGAGGCACUGGGAUUGCCCUAAGGCCCACUGCUCCCUGUCCACCCACAUCACCUUCCCCCACCUGGGUUGUGACUGGCCCCAGUGGGGCCACGAGCCCUCAGCACAUGGGUAUAGUCAGGGGCUCAGGAUUUUUCGAAGCUCCUGAGAGUCCCAGCUGUUCUUUCCCCUGGAGAACCUCUGACCUCCUACUCCCCCUGCAUUGUCGUUUCAGGGCUGCUGGGGGCACCAUGGAGCAGCAGUUAUUUGUAGAACUGCCUGUUAGAGUGGCCCUCCCUCCAUUCUUUUCCUCAGCUCUCACUUGCAAACAGUGUUCUCGGUUCCCAGUGAUGGCCCUGUAUUCAGAUGACUGAUGAUGGACAUAGAGAAAACAAAAACAAAAAGAACAACACACAAAUUUAGGUUUGAUACGUUUCGCUCAGAAAAUGCUACAGUCAUUUAAUCUUGUGGCAAGACCCCUCCACUUUCUGAAUUCGAAGAUACAGAAGGAAAAUCUGUAAUUAGCAAACAUUGCAAGUGGCGUUACUUUUGUGCAGAGUGUUAUUCCACCAAAAUGUCUUUUUCAUCUUUUAUUUAUAACAAAACCAUAAAGAAAAUAUUACUUACAUAGUAGCUACAACUCACACCAUAAACUCUAUUCUGCAAGAAACAUAACUUUAUUUUUCUAACACUGAAUGUAAUUUCUAUUAUGAAGCCUCAUUUACCAGGUGGUAGAAAUGAAUCUCAGUCAGUUUGGGGUUCCCCUUCCAACUUUUCCUGGGGUUAAGUUCGGUGAUGGGGGGAAGGCUUUCAAUAGUAUGAAAAUUUGUUCCUCAGUCUUCAUCAACCAUCCCUGUCAGCUCCUGCUAAAAUAUCCCCAUUCCAUCUGGUUGUCACUUGGUUGGUCAUUGGUGGGCAUGGCCCCUGCUUAAUGCCCCCUCACUCCCUACCAUGAAGCCUCAUUGGGCCUGCCUGCUCUUGGGGCAUAAGAACAUCCUAGCUCCUGGCCCUGCACCCUCUGGGCUUCAGGAAGCUCUGUGGGGCUGUCCCAAGCCCAUCUGCUGAGAUGGACAGCAAGUGGCCUGUUCUACUCUGAGCCAUACAGUUUUCCCAGCCUUUACCCAGGAAAUAUGGGGCCCAGGGCUCUUCUACUCUUUCCCCUCCAAACUUCUCUGGGGUAUUAGUCAUUCUUCCCCCACCUUCAGAACAGCUCCUUCCAGGGAAAACGCAGACGGGUCAGUCUUUGGUGCCCUGGGUUGCUCAGCACGAGCAGACCUUCAGAUGCCACAGCACAGGCCUUAGGUGAUAAAGGGCAGCCCGAGGAAGGCAGUCUUCCCCCUUCAGAGCAGAUAGGUCUGCCCUCCUGGGCCCACCAUCCUGAGGGCCAGAAGUUCACCCGCCUGGGGAGAACAUUCUUUCAGUCAAAGGUACAUUUGCUGUGCUGAGUUCAUGUUUACUCUUCCUCAGUUACCCUCAAUCCUAUUGUUCUUUCCUUACAGUCAGGUCGGGUGGGUUAUCAGGGAGCCUCACUGUGAUAUCCUUCCCGGUGACUUUUGGGGGCAGUCCAGAGUCUCUGAGACCUCAGAUGCUGGAAGUGUGCCUCAUCACUGGCCACUGAUGGACUCUGUGCCAAACUUCACACCAGAGCUGGUGUUUUUCACCCUCCAGAGAGAAUAGUGCAAAGUAAAGAGUUCAUGCUAUUACAUCACAUCCAUCCUGUCAAAGAAACAUUAGACCAGUCUUGUCUGGGCAUUGUGCUGGAAUUUUAACUGGCAGAGGCCAUUUUCAAGCCCCCAAGAUAAGCAAAAGAACUUCAUGUGCACAUCUGGUGUAGGUGCAUUGUUCUGCAGGUAUAUUUCAAUAAAAAUUUUAUAAAAAUAGCCUGGCCAGUGUGCUCAGUGGUUGAGCGUCCGCCCAUGAAUCAGGA